AUGUCUCGUAAGAGUGGAAUAGUAACAGAACGUAUAUUAAAGAGGUGGCUAGUUGAUAGUGUGCGGAAUCGAAAGCUGCACCAAGGUCGUCGUCGUAACCAGUCGGAGCGGUCCGGGUGGCCACUGCCGCUACCAGUUUCAGCUAUGUUCGCGCACGCGUGUCUCGCUAUGCGUUGCCGAUCAAGUACAAUUGUGACUCCGUUGCCGUUGCAACAAGCUAAGAAACAGCUUUCGUUAGAAGAUGUACUACAAAAAGAAAAGAAGUGGGAUACUAACAAUCCUAAUUCAAAAAAGCUUGACAAACUCAUUGCCGAAAUGAUAGCGCUUCAAAAUUUACCAUUUAACUUUGUGGAGGGACUUGGAUUUCGUCGUCUCAUUCAUGAGUUAGCACCGAAAUAUAAUUUUAGAGGACGUAAUUUUUUUACUGAUUUCAUAUGCCAUGAGCUAUAUAUAAAACUCGCUGGAAAAGUUAAAGAACUAAUUGAAGAAUAUCAUUACAUGUCCUUCACUUCUGAUAUUUGGACAGAUCCCAGCUCAGGUGUUUCUUUACUUAGCCUAACUUGUCAUGGAGUAUCAGAAAACUUUGAACGAUCGUCAAUUGUGUUAAAAUGCGAAACUUUUGAUGACCGUCAUACUGGUGAUAUCAUUGCAGAAAAAUUUAACACAAUGCUUGCUGAAUGGAAUAUUUCAAAUGAAAAAGUGCAUUGCAUAAUACGAGAUGAAGGCUCUAACAUGAAAAGAGGAAUGCGAUUAGCAUUGCUAAAUGAUUUAGAUUGUACUGUUCACAAGUUGCAAAUUGUUAUUCGGCAUGGUUUACGAUCGCAGGAAAGCAUAGAAGACGUCAAACAAAAAUGUAAGAAAAUUAGUACUCAUUUCAACCAUUCAGUCAUUGCUCAAAAGCAACUUGAAAAAAUUCAGGACAGACUUAAUCAACCGCAUCUUAAAAUAUUCCAGGAUUGUGUGACGCGCUGGAACAGCACGUUCUACAUGUUUGAGCGUAUUCUGAAGAUAAAAGAUGCAUUAAGUCUUUAUGCCAAUGACAAUAACAUUGAAUCCAUUUUGCCUGAAGAGUGGAAAAUAAUAGAAUGCUGUAUUGAAGUACUGAAACCGUUUGAGGAAGCUACUCGUGAAAUGAGUAGCUCUCAGGCAUUCAUAUCAUCUGUGAUUCCUAUGAUACAAAUGCUUUUGAAAAAACUUGACGACUAUUUAACAAAACCACGAGAAAGUGAUGCUAUUCAGUUGGCAGUCUCUAACCUAAAAUCACAAUUUUCAGCGAAAUUUUCUUCUUUGGAAGAUAACAACUUUUAUGCCAUUUCCACAUAUUUAGAUCCUCGUUACAAGCAUAAAUUUUUCAAACCAGUCACCGAAGAAAAAAUAAAAGAUGAAAUAAUAAAGAUGAUUAAUGACCCUGCCGUUACUGAUUCUCCUAUGUCGCCAGCGAAAAAAACAAAAAGAAUGAGAAUGGAAGAUUCUCUCGAUCCUGAACCAGGAACGUCCAGCACGGGUCAGAAGACUUGCUUAAGAAGCGAUCUUGCCAUGAUGUUAGAUUCAUCGAGCGAAGACGAAGGUGAAGGAGAUCCGGACAACAGUAGCCCCGAUAUUCUUCUCCGCAAAGAAUUAGUUAUUUAUCGUAACAAAAAAAGACUGGAUUUAGAGGGAAAUCCACUUAAUUGGUGGAAAGUCAACGGUUGUGAAUUUAAAAUUCUCUCCAAAUUAGCAUGCAGAUAUUUAUCACCUCCACCAGCCAGUGUUCCCAGCGAGCAACUAUUUAGUGGAGCUGGAUUAAUAUAUAAUCCACUAAGAAACAGGCUGGAAGCUGAAAAGGCUGCCGCACAAAAUGAUGGUCGAGCCGACCCGACCAUAAGCGAUCGGGAGAUUGUUAUUGAUUUUUGGUGA